CUUAACCUGCAAAUGAGUUUGAUCCGCCUUAUUUACUGCACAUUUAAAUCGAGGUCACUCAGAAGCCUUGAGGAAUAACUGAAGUGAAAGGAACAUCAGAUAAUAUUUCAGGCAGAUAGGCGAAUACCUCAGUCUCAGUCUUGUAGUGAACAUCGCACAAGUUGUUCUUUGCGGCAGAUACAUUAAAAUCUUUGUCUUAUAAAAUUACAUUUUACGUGAGGAAUUGAAUGUUUUAGUUUAAACAAUGAAGCUCUAUUCCGUUUCCGAUGGACCACCGUCUCUAGCAUGUCGCCAAGCAUUAAAAGCUUUAGAUAUUGACUAUGAAUUGGUGUCUAUUGAUUUUGGUAAAGGCGAACACAUGACAGAGGAAUAUGAAAAACUAAAUCCGCAAAAGGAAAUACCUGUUUUGGUUGAUGGUGAUUUGGUAAUGGGUGAAAGCAAUGCUAUUUUGCAAUAUCUGGGUGAUAAGUACGAUACAGAUGGUAAACUGUAUCCAAAAGAUGCAAAGGCAAGAGCGAUUGUCAAUCAUCGUUUGUGCUUUAAUUUGGCCAUGUAUUAUCGCAACAUUUCUGAUUACGUGAUGAAUCCCAUAUUUUUUGAUUACAAAAGAACUGCCUUGGGAUUGAAGAAAAUGACGAUUGCUAUAGACGCUUUCGAAACAUAUCUAAAACGUGAAAAUUCCGAAUAUGCUGCAGGAAACACAUUGACUAUCGCUGAUUUCCCACUGAUAACCGCCACCCUAUGUCUAGAAGCAAUCGAUUUCAAAUUGGAUCAAUGGCCUCGUAUACAAAAAUGGUACAAUAAUUUCAAAAUAAAGCAUCCAGAGUUAUGGAAAAUCGCUGAAACAGGCAUGGAAGAAAUUCGGGAAUGCGAAAAAAACCCACCAAUCAUGCCCGAUAUGGACCAUCCGAUACAUCCUGUUCGCAAAAAUUAAGCUUUUUUAACCGCUCAAGAUUUCAUGCUUGAAAAAGAAUGUAUACACUUUGAUACCGUAGUAUACUUAAAUCUUCAUUUAUAUAUUGAAGCAUUGAAACUGUAACAAUAAAUAAAAUAAAAUAU